UGAACUUGUUUCAUAUUACAUUCUGGCACUUUUUCAAAAUUCAUUUUAGUUUCAGCUAUGUCUGGAAUAGAACACCAAGUUGUGAACACUGAAAGCUGUGGAAAACUUAAUGUAUUUAUACAGGUGAAAACAUUUAUCUUGCAAGUAAAUAUUCCAUCAACAGGGCCCACGCAAUACAAAAGUUGCUUUCCUGACAGUUCACGACCUUGGAUGCAAUCAUAAUGAAAUGGUUAAUUUUCUUGCACAUGAAUCCAUGGAACCUAUGGUUAAUCGCUGCACAUGGGUACACGUAGAUGUUCCAGGACAAGGAGAUGGAGAAUCGGAUUUACCCUCCGACUAUGCAUUCCCAUCAAUUCAAAAACUUGCAGAAGGCAUGAAUGAAAUAUGCAUUGCACUUAGAUUACAGUAUGUUGUUGUUUUCGGUGAAGGAGCUGGAGCAAAUAUAUUAGUUAGAUUGGCGAUGUUAAGAUAUGAUAUUGUUUUGGGUGCCGUAUUAAUUCAUUGUACUGGAACAACUGCAGGAUUAUCUGAAAGUUUGAAAGAUAGAUUAAUUGGAUGGAAAUUGAAUACAAUUGGAAUGAAUCCUACUGCGGAAUCAUAUUUAUUAAUGCAUCGUUUUGGUCCAGUUUCUCAUAUAGAUAUGCCAACUGAUUAUCGAUUACGUACAAAAAUCCUAGAACAUGUCGAUCAAAUAAGAUGUCCUGUUUUAUUUCUAACCGGUUCAUUAGCAUCACAUAAUCAUACAGUGUUUCGUUUAUACAAUGCUGUUCUCUCAGCUGUACGCAAUGAUCCACAUCUUCAAGGUAAAGUUGAAUUGAUCCAAUUAGACAAUGUAGCCAAUGUAUUGAGUGAACAACCUGAAAAAGUUGCCGAAUGUCUACAAUUAUUUAUUCAAGGAUUAGGUUUAGGUGGUGGUAUAAUUAAUCGACGUAUGAGUAGUACUAUACCAAUAGCUAGAAAUAGAUCAUUAUCAAUGGAAGAAUAUGAUCAACCAAAAGGUGCAACCAAUUGUAUAUAUCAUAAAAAUCGUAAAUAUAGUACAACAACCGGUCGUCUCAUACAAGAUGAAAGUCCAAUUGAUGAACAAGAUGAUCAAACUGAAACUUGAUAUUCUCAUUAUAAUGCUAUGAUGGUAUAUUUAGUUUAUGCUCACAAUAAGUAGAUAAUACAAAACAUGAUGAUGAUGAUGACAGAUAGACAGACAGACAGACAGACAUCCGAAUACAGACAUACACAUAAUUCAUUUUUGUUUUCUAUUUCAACAAUAUACACUUUUCAUUAUUGAACAAAUAGAUUACUUUCCAUCUUUCUAGUUUCUUUAAAAUCAUUCGUGGUUUGUUUUUUUUUCUAACAGAACACAGCACAAACACAAACAACCACUAACACAAAUACCAUUCAUUCAUUGUCUAGUAAUCUUUGUACUCUCUCUCCAUCUCUCUGUUUGAUCGCUGUUUUUUAUUUUAUUAUUCCAUAUAGUGAAUUGAUGAUUUAGCUAGGCAAAAUGUCCCUCUGUGUGUGUGAGUGUGUUUGUUGGUUCUCUUUCUUAUUCCACUAAACAAUCAAUCCCAUGAUGAUUAUCGAUUUUAAAAUUGGACAAAUAAAUUAGAAUAUCUAUCAACAGAAUGAAUAGAUGAAUUAGUUAGUUUGUUAAUUAUUAAGUAGAGUAUCAUUGCUAUUAUUAUUAUUAUUAUUAUUAUUAUUUUCUAUUGUAGUAUUUAUAAAAUAAUAAUUAGAUUAUUCUAUCAUUGUACUUAGUUUAAUUCAAACACAGCAUCACUUUGUUUCAUUACUUUUUAAAAAUGAUUUCGAUAAUGUGUUGUUUCGUUAUUUUUUUUUCCACAAAGAAUUAUGUUUGCAUUAAAUAUUAUUAUAUUUGUAGAAUAAUUAAUUAAUGAUAAUAGUGAUGACAAUAAUGAUUAUUGUUAUUAUGAU